UUGGAGGAGUACAUGGAAUAUCACAGAUAUCUAAAAGAGGUAGUGCAGGCUUUAGAGAGCGAUCCUGAUUUCAGGGAACGUUUGGAGAAAGCAGAUGAAGAAGAUGUACGAUCAGGAAAAAUAGCGGAACAAUUGGACUUUGUGAAUCACAACGUCAGAAGUAAAUUGGACGAAAUAAAGAGACGCGAAUUAGACAGGCUGAGGCAUCUGGCGACAAAACAAUUUGAAUUAACCAAUGACUUGGAAAUUAAUACUGGGAAAAUUCCAUCAAAUGAACAUUUAGACCAUGGUAAUCCCCAUACCUUUGAGAUUGAGGACCUUAAGAAAUUGAUAAAAAAAACUACUGCUGACUUAGAGGCCGCGGACAAGCAGAGAAAGAAGCAGUUUAAAGAAUAUGAAAUGCAAAAAGAAUUUGAGAAACAUCAGAAAAUGGAGGCUAUGGAUGAAGCACAAAAGAAGGAGUACAUGGAAAAACUGAAGCAAGAAGAGGAUGCUAAGAAACAUCAUCAACCACUACGCCAUCCUGUGACCAGAGAACAGUUGUUAGACAUAUGGAAAAACGCCGACAAUAUGGAUCCAAAAGAUUUCAACCCAAAGGUGUUUUUCAUGGUGCAUGACGUCGAUGGCAACGGUGUCUGGGAUGCGGACGAAGUGAAAGCGCUUUUCAUCAAGGAACUGGACAAAGUGUACGGCCCUGGUGGCCCAAACAAGGAUUUGCACGAGCGGGCUGAGGAAAUGGAACGCAUGCGGGAACACGUAUUCAAAGAGAACGACCGCAACCGUGAUGGGCUCAUUGACUUUCACGAGUUCAUGAUGGAGACACAAAAAGCAGAAUUCAAUCAGGAUGAAGGUUGGAAACCCAUCGACGAAAAUCAAAUUUACUCUCAAGCCGAAUACGAGGAAUUUGAGAGAAGAAGACUCGAAGAAUUGAGAUAUUUGCAGCAACGUGGUUUGGUUGACGCCCACGGAAGACCGGUCCCUGGCGCUCAGCAUCAGAUCCACCAAGCAUUACAACAACAACAAGCUUACCAGCAGCAACAGCAAGCGCAGUAUCAAGCUCAACAAGGCUACCAGGGACAGCAGCAGUAUUAUCAGGGUCAUCCGCAAGGGCAAGUUCCCCCACAAUUCGCUCCUGGUCAAAUCCCAGAGUUUCCGCGACAAGGAUAUCAAGCGCAAUAUCAACCAGGUCAAGCACCGCAACAACACUACCAACAGCCGCAACAAUUUCAAUCGCAACCUCAAGGAAACUUCCAUGGUCAGGCACAAGGACAGGUUCAAGGUCAACAACCUCAAGGGCAGUUCCAAGGACAGCAGCCGCAAUUACAACAGCCUCAGCAACCAAUUCAACAACAACAAGUGCAGAAUAUAAAUCAGCAGCAAACUCAACAAGGAAACGUCCAGGGUCAACGCAAUGAUUUGCCUGUUCAAGGCCAAUCCCCGCCAGUACAAGAUCCAGUCGGCCAAGCACAGCCCAGCAAAGUGCAAGGUCAGCCUUCCCAAGGCCAAGGUCAGAGUCAAGGCCAAGCCCCUCCUGUUCAAGUACAUAACCCACCACAGCUGUAA